CCUUGGAAACACUCCUCAGAGUUGGAAGCCCAAGUGUGUCGGGGGAAGGUGGGGUGGUGAGGAAGAAGUGAUAGCCUCGGGACAGAUAAGCUCCAGGGAAGGGAAAAAGAGGGAGGGAACAAGGGAGGGAGAGGUGGGCAGCUCUCUCUCUGUCUCUCUCAGUCAGACUUGCCGGCUGCUGGUCUCUUCUUCCUCCUGUCUGCUCGGGUUCUUCUUCUUUGCCGGUGGCUGGCCGGAGGAGUUUAUCUGCUGUUUUGGCUGCCGUUUGGAUGUGAACAUGGACUGAGCAGCUACAUGCAGCGAGACAGGAGAAGAGUCACUGGAGAUUCACUGAGGGGCAGCAGCUCUGUCUUUCUGAAGACAUUUGUGGCAUGAAACUGAAUCGCACACAUCUUUCAUUUAUCACCUCCACCUCCUUCAUCUCCCUCCACCACUCUUCAGUUAGGAGCUCUCACCUCAGCUCCACCGCAUUGAUGAGGUAACGUCAAGCUCUACGCAGCGCAGCACCCACCUUUCCUUCCCCUCCUUCUGUGAGCCUUUCCAUCACAGCCAUGGGGCAGAAGAUCUCUGGCGGCAUCAAAUCGGUAGAUGGUCGCGGGGAAAGCGGUGGCUCCCCGUCCUACCGGCCUUCAGCGCAUCGCCGUCAGCACCCAGAAUUGAGGGGCCCAGAUUUCGCAAAACCACCACGGCUAGAUCUCCUAUUGGACAUGCCAUGUGCUGGACUGGAGACCCAGCUCCGUCACGCGUGGAACCCUGACGACCGCUCGCUCAACAUCUUCAUAAAAGACGAUGAUAAACUGACCUUUCACCGCCACCCGGUCGCUCAGAGCACGGACUGCAUCCGGGGGCGGGUUGGAUACACAAGGGGUCUGCAUGUGUGGAGGAUCCACUGGCCCUCCCGACAGAGGGGCACCCAUGCCGUGGUCGGGGUGGCGACCUCAGAGGCUGCUUUACAUUCUGUUGGCUACACGGCGCUGGUGGGGUCGGACUGUGAAUCCUGGGGCUGGGAUCUGGGACGCAACAGGCUCUACCACGACAGUAAGAACAGGGCCCACAGCUCGCUGCCCACUUACCCUUCUUUCCUGGAGUCAGACGAGACGUUCAACCUGCCGGACUCUCUGCUAGUGAUUCUGGACAUGGACGAAGGGACGCUGAGCUUUAUGGUGGAUGGACAGUAUCUAGGAGUUGCAUUUAGAGGACUGAAAGGCAAGAAGCUGUAUCCUGUUGUCAGCGCGGUGUGGGGACAUUGUGAGAUAGCCAUGAAGUACAUCAACGGCUUGGAUCCUGAGCCUCUUCCUCUGAUGGACCUGUGUCGACGUGCGGCCCGCCUGGCGUUGGGUCGUGAGCGGCUUCAGGAGAUCGAGGGCCUCCCCCUGCCCCAGUCCCUGAAAAAUUACCUCCAAUACCAGUGACUGCCACCAGCAGAGCAAACUGGGAGUACAAGGACACGCAAACCAGACCACCAGGAAGUCUAAAGCUGAAUGGAUAUGAGAAAUAAUUAAAGGAGGCAAAGAGGGGAUGAUGGAUGGGAGCAUGUCCACACUGAGGGCGCCACGGCUCUACUAAAGGGUGGAGAUAAAGAUGGUGGAUGAACUGACGGAGGAGGUCCAGGCUUUCACACAAAGACAGCACCAGCUUCUUUUGGAUUUCGAGCUGCUUUCCCAUUUGUUUUUGACUUGAAAUAAAUUAUUGAUGAUGGUAUCCCAUCAGUGUCUCACUCAUUCAGACAGAGAACCCAGCCGGUGUGAUUAAGAGGUGACAGUGUUCAGGAGACCACCGCCACCUAGUGAUGAGAAUGAAAACUGCGCCGUGAAAGCACACUAAUCCUUUCCCUGGAGGCCUUUCUGACACACAGUCAGUGACCAUAUCAUUGCUGUUGGAUACCAUAGUGUGUAUUCAUGGUCUCCACUGACACAGGUGACAGGCUGCAGAGCCCAGACGUCCGAGAGGGUUUUAGCACUAAUGUUGUUUUUAUCUGAUUGACUCGGGGCCCGACCAAAAGCUCACAGCGCAUACAGAGUAGAUCAGAAACAUGGCUGUGAGGUGUAUGCAAAGGUUAGUAAGAGGGAAUGCUGAAUUUAUCUCCUGGCCUCAUGCAGACACAUGAUGAAAGUUAAGCCCUUUUCAGACAUGGAGCAAGUUCCAUCUAUCAGUCAAAGUGAUGACUGUUUGGUUACGUUAAAGUUUGUUACUGAUUCAUUCACAAUGCUUGUACAGUAUUUAGUAUUUAUUAACUUCUGGUUGAUUAGAAAAGUGAAGAUACAAAGAAAUAAAAGUGCUUCAGUGAUGGAUUUUUAAAAUUAAUUUUGCUAUUCAUUUCUUAAUGACUGACCACUGUCAGCAUGAGACGCUCACCCCAAAUUCCCACUUACCAAUUUUAUCCUUUAUUAGUUUAUUUUUAUUACAUUUAUUUUAUUCUGCGGCAAAUUUUCUACUAAGAUGGCCAAGUACAAAAUGACAAGACAAUGCAUUGGGACUCUUUUUGCCAAUAUGCUGUAUCUAAAGCAUUUAAAAUUAAGAAGCUACUUAUGAUUGUUAUUGUUUGAAGGUUGUUUUUUUUACCUCUUUUGCCCCACGUUGCAUGGGGGGAAAAAAAGAAAAACUUACUUUUCAAAGUCUAAUCGGACAUGACAACAAUCUCAUCUUGAAUAUUAAUUUUUGCAUUUAAUUUUCACAGAAAAAAAAUAAAAUAAAAUUAUGAUGAUUAUGUGAUUUUUGCUGGGGUCUUUACUAAACUAGCAUGUUCCCUCAUGUCUAGAAUAUGAUGUUUAGGCCGGGGCAUCCCUGCAACACCAAAAAGUACAUUGCAACUAAGGUUGCAACAGUAUGAGAUUUUUAUGGCACAGUAACCGUCUCAGGUUUCAUGGUAUCACAAUAAUACAGAAUUUAUAUUAUUAUCAAUCAGAAUAACCCUUAACCUUAAAAGAAUGAACAUGGAAGGGUUAUUUUUGAUUAAACAAACGUUUUAUCACUAUAAUUGAAACUUGAAACCAUUCUGUUAACGGCAGUAUGGGUAAAAAAUUCCCCUUAGAAAAUAACGAAAAUGAAGGCAAGAUUCUCCGUCAAGUUGCAUGCUUUUUUCCCCAAUAUAGUAGAUAAGCCAAUACGCAUGGUAUGAUAAUGGUUAACUUUUAUAUCAUGGUAUACCUUAAAAAUCGGUACAGCGCUGCAACCCUACUUGUGACACAUUUUAAUCAAACAAUUAGAGCUCCUGCGAUUUGGACAUCACACUUGGCCAUAUUGCGAUUUUGAUAAUAUUUUGAUUACCUGUGCAGCCCUAAUCAUGUUGCCAGUUUGUUGACACUGGCUCAUUUACAGUGUUUCAAUCUUGUUUAAACGGAUUGUAUUUUAUUUGUGCAUUAAUUUAAAAAAAGAAAAGAAAAGAAAAGAAAAGAGACGAUAUUAAAGUGAUAAAUUUGUUUAAAGUGCUCAUAAAGCUCUUGAAUAAGCACUAAUCAAAGUUGGAAAAAAAUGCUCAAAAACUCUGCUUCGUCAGGACCGUGGGUUUGGUUUGAUUAGAUCUGAUUGACGAUACUCCAAACAACCCACCAGCCGCAAUCGGAUUUGAAUUAAAAUAUUGCUGAAUCUUGAUUGGUGGAUGGAAAUUGUUGCAAGCACCUUUUUCUAAAUGAGCGUCGCCCAAUUUAAACCAGUCAGAAGAGCAGACGGAGGAAGAAAUACAUAAAUCUCUGAUGUAAAAUAACCAAAACUUUUCUACCUUCUAACUGAAAAUUGUGUUCUCAUUAGGACUUCAUCGAUCACUGCGAGAAGCUGAGUGACAAAAUACUUUUGAAGAGCCUUUAAUAAGGAAACAAGACGUGGAUUUGAUCCUUUUAUGUGCAUAAUUUCUGCUGCUGUGGCCUUAAUGAUUAUUUGAUGGUAUCCACUUAUAGGGAGGUGUUACGGAAAUAUUACUUCUGCCAUCGUUACUUUAACGCAACGUGCUGCGUGUCUGAAAGGGGCUUCAUCACAGAAACCAACAGGUCAAAUCUGCUUACUGUUUACAGUGUUAAUCUGCACUGGGAGUCAUUCCUCUUCACAGGACACUAAGUCACGUAUUACGAUGUCAGUCACAACCAAAGUAUUUCAUACUAAGCCAUGGAGUGUGUCAGUAGGAGCUGGAGGUUGCGGCCCGUUGCAGUGUAACUAGUGCUAACCUGCUGUUGGCAGUUAAGAGGAGACUCACCUGCUGUUGUAGCACCCUGCUGUAGCUCACUGGUACCAGACAGUAUCUGUCUGCUGUCCGCACAACUGUCUUAAUGACCACAAAUAAACAAACAAACAAACAAACAAAAACAAACAGGAGCAGAGGAGAUCUGGUCUCACUGGAUCUCUAAUAAAGGCUGGAGCAGGAUGGAGGAACAUUACUGCUGCUGCAGAUGUGUUUCUUGCUCAGAAUAGGAUGUAGAUGACCAAUGCACAACCACACACACACACACACACACACACACACACACACAGUAGACCAAUCAUUUUUUCCUUUCUAAAAAAUGGCUUGAGUCACUUUUUUUUUUAACGUCUUGAGUUUGUAUUCUACAUUAUCAUUAUUAUUAUUAUUAUUAUUAUUAUUAUUAAUAUUAAUGUGAGUGGGGAGUCUGAUUCUGAUGAUGGCAGGAUGAUGAUGAUGACGAUGAUGAUGAUGACAACGAUGAUAAUGAUUAUUGUUUAUCACAAGCUAGUUCUAUGUUUUUCUAACGGAUGACUGAUGGUUACAUUCAGGUAAAUUUAAUUCAAAGACGCAGGUGAUGAAGGGAGAGAGAAAUCAACAGUUGUUUAUUUGAUGCUGCUUUUAUUAUUAUUUUAUUAUUAUUAUUAAGUUUAUUAUUGUUUGAGAUGGUGGCGGUCUCACCUCCUGAUUUCAUCACGUAGGAUGGGGAGAGAAGGACCAUUCAGAAAAGAAGUGGAAUGUAAGGACAGACAGUUGAGAUGUCAGCAGAUAUGAAAUGUGAAUAAAAGCCAAGUGAAUUUGAAAAAUG